CCGCCACACAAUAGAAUUAGUGCAAUGGAGUGCUUAGACUACUACCCAGUACACGGGGUCAUACCGAGACAACAGGAGGCAAGCGCAAAAACGUCGAACGGUCUAUCCAAGCUUGUGGCAAAAAUAGUGUACAUAUUAGUUUCGUGGUUUUAGUAUUCCAUUUUAUUAGAUCUUACAAUCACCGGUACUUUAGAAAAUUGCGGUACCGAGUGCUUAAGUUAUGCAGAAAACAGUGGGAUAUUAUAAAUAAUUAUCUAGUUUGUUCUUGAAAUACAGCUUAGUCUAUUAAUGUUGCUUAUGUUCUGGCUUACUAAGUUUCGUGUCGAGUCAAACUAAUGGAUAAUGAGGUUUUGAAAAUGAAUUCAGAAGAAGUUCACAAACCCGGAACGAGAAUUUUUAAAAAGUCUACACCAAAUGGGAAGUUGACAAUCUACCUAGGGAAAAGGGAUUUUAUGGAUCAUUUAACUCACGUGGAUCCCAUAGAGGGUGUUGUAUUAGUGGAUCCGGACUAUGUCAAACAUAGAAAGGUAUUUGUACAUCUUUUGGGUGCGUUCUGGUACGGCCGGGACGAAGUCGAUUUGCUUGGACUGAACUACCAUAAAGAUCUUUGCCUAAUGACUAAACAAGUGUAUCCACCAUUUGGCUCCAAGGUAUUGAAGUCUCAUAUACCAAUUCUUUUAUCUGAAAAUGGAAACGCCACUGAGCUGUCAUCAAAUUUACUACACAAGUUCACUGAACCUCCGGGACGCACUCGAUUACAGGAACGUCUAAUUCGAAAACUUGGUUCAAAUGCUUUUCCUUUCUACUUCCAGCUUCCAGCUUAUUCACCUGCCUCUGUGUCCAUACUAUUGAACCCGUCUGAUCGUGGAAAACGUUGUCGAGUUGAAUAUGAAUUAAAGGUGUAUGUAGCUGAUGAUCAGGAUGAUAAACCACAAAAAAGGAAUUCCGUACGUAUGGCCGUUCGUAAAUUGACAUAUGCACCUAAUGAACCAGGUCAACAACCGUCAGCUGAAUUAUCACGAGAUUUUCUUAUGAGCGUAGGUAGUCUUCGAGUAGAAGCUACUUUAGAUAAAAACAAAUAUUUCCAUGGAGAGAAAAUUUUUGUCAAUUUACUUGUGGAUAACAAUUCGAAUAAAACAAUUAAACGUGUUAAACUAUCAGUUCGACAGUAUACUCAAAUUUAUGUGCAAAGUCCCAUUCAUUUCAAAUGCUCGGUUGAUGAGAUUCAGUCGGAAGAACGCUUUCCUAUUCUCCCUAGUCAAACUGGCUGGUGCAAAGUUUAUCAACUGUGUCCAACGUUAGCCUAUAAUCGAGACAAAACUGGUGUUGCAAUGGAUGGGGAUUUAAAACAAGAAGAUACUAAUCUAGCAUCUUCUACAAUUGCUCCUCCUUGUUCAACUAAUCGAGAAUUAGUUGGGAUUAUUGUACAGUACAAAGUGAAAAUACGAUUAGUUCUUGGAUUUGGCAUUAGCGAUGUUUGUUUGGAGCUGCCAUUUAUUUUAACACAUCCGAAUCCAGAUUCCUCUAACAUGAAUGGCGAUCGACAAGAUGAUGAACUUAUUUCAUCGAUCACAAGUGAACCAUCAUUAACUGAAAAAACGUCAAAUAAAGGAAAUUCAACAAAUUUAGGGAAUGUUAAAAUUAAUUCAGGCACAUCGGAAAUAAGACAAUCAAAUGCCGUUAUGAACAUAACUCCACUAAGUUUACAAAAUACUACUGUUCCACAAAUUCAACCAAUUUCCCUGGUUUCUCAACAAAAUUAUUCCAACGAUCCUAAACAUUGUGAUGCGAAUCUUCGUAUAAAGGAAGCUUUUACUAAUGAUUCAACUCAGUCACCACAAUUUGUAAACAAAGCUGUUUGUUCAUAUUCACCACCUGUAUGGGAUCGUAAUUUUCAUUUGCUUUUCUCCGGUUUGCGACCAUCAGCUCGACGACCAUCUACUGUUGGUACACAGUCUACCUUAAGUGAAGAUGACUUAUUAUUUGAAGAUUUUGCUCGCUUUCGUCUACAAUCUUAAUGUUUUUAAUUUGUAUAUUAUGAUAUUCUUUAAUGAAGAUACUUUAAUUUCUAUCUUGUAUUACAUUCACCUACCUAUCUCAGUGAUGGUCUAAUUUAUUUCGCAAUCUUUUCUCUUCAUUUCUACCUCCUACUGUUUACUUUUUUUGGUUUUUAUUAUUUAAUAUUCUAUUUGUAAAUUUUUAUUUCGUUUUAAAUUUACAUAUUUGUUUUACUAAGUGCAUAUUAUUUAUUUGGAUAUCUCAUCUUUGUUCCUUUCCAUCCGUUCUUUUGUUUCAUAGUUCACGACUGGAAUAACACAUACAAUGUGAAUUAGAUUGUAAAUUGGCUAUUAAGUAGUUAGAUUAUACUGAUUUUGUUUGUCUCCAUUAAAUCCUCUUUUGUUUUUCGUAUAUAAAACGAUUAAACAAAAUGAUAAUAUUAAUAUUAAUACCCCAUGCACCAAAAGAUUAUCAUCCUUAAUCAUAAUUGUUCUUCUUAUAUUAUUCAAUAUUACUAGUACUUAUAUUGUUAUCAUUAUUUUUACGCUUAUGUAACUUAGAGCUAUUUUUUAUUUAUCUACCGUAAAAGUUCCAGUUACCUCAUAAUUAAUUUUUAGCAUGUAGGUUUUUAUUUUUCCUUUUCAAGAAAAAAAAAACGAUAUUUACAUGUAUAUAUAUUUGUGCAGCUUUUUAUGUAGUCUAUUAUCCGUGUAGUAAUACAUGUAUCGAUGUAUGUCUAGUAUACGCACAUAAAGCAGCUUCACUUCCUUGAUUACAAAGUAAUAAAACUAUUAAAAGUCUGCCUUUUUCUACUGAUAGGCAAUAAUGAUAGUUUUUUGUAAAGUGAUAUCAUUGUAAUUUAAUAUCAACUUUGAAUACCUAUUCUGAUGUUUAGUUUCGUUUGUGUACGAAAUGUUUUAUUAUCUUUGCAGGAGAUUGCAUUGUUUCAUUCUCAUAUGAAAACAAUCAUCGGGAUUUUCGUUAAUACUUAUGUAACAUUAAAUGGAGUUGUCUGUGAAUGGUCUACAAGAUAUUAGUCAGUAAUUUCAAUCCUAAUGAUAACAAAAAUGUCAGCAAUGCUUUACAAUAAAUGGUUAUUAAUUUCGUCUCCUAUUUUUUUUGUCAUACUUUCAUGUACUCACAUUUUAUAAUUUUUAUAUUUUACUUCCAUCGUUUAGGUGUUUAUUGGACUUAAUUUUAUUGAAUUGUCUCCAUAUGUGCUUGUAAAAUAACUGUAUGUUCAAAAUAAACUAUUGUAAUCCUGUGUAUAUCUUACGUAUAUCUCGGUUGAUCAAAAAAACAUGUAGUUUUUUUUAACGCCUGUUUUCUAAUUCUUUAGAAUUGUCUUUGUUUUACACUAUUGGCUUCUGAUUAUAUAUGUUAUUAUAUAUAUUUUGAAUUUACUCUCUAUUUCGUGUUAAGUUAUUGAAUGUAAUUAAUUUAGAAUAAUGUAAAUGUAAAUGAUCAAUUGAUCAUCAUCAAUGCAUUUAAGUCUUGGAGCUUUUUUUUCUUCUAAUUACUCUCAUUCAAGUUUCUAUUUGUGGAAUUGUGUUGUUCACUUUUACACGGUAAUAACAUUUGCAUAUGCUGGAUAUAAACAGAUAUAUAAGUGAAAAAAAUGUUUGAACAACACGAAGGUGUUGUUUAUUCAUAUCUUCUUAUCUUGUUAUAUCAUUUUCUGUUAUUUUAUUCAUCUCCCCUCUUUUUUGUACUGCAACAUUAACUUUCGAUGAAAUAGACGCACAAUUUUUGUCCAAAUUUAUUUUUAGGGAAUAUAUAAGUUAGAAGUAAAUUAUUAUGAUUUACUAAUAAUUUUUUUGUUUAGAGUUGUUUUCAUAAUUGAAAGCGUAAGUCAAUCGAAGCUAGACCACCAGGGAGAACCUGGAAGCAUUGGACAGCCGUUUUGUCCUAUUGUAGGACUCCUCAGCAGUACACAUCCAUUGCCUUGCCUCACAAGAUUCGAACCCAGGACCUCCCAGUCUCGCGCCAGAGCACUUAAACGAUAGACCACUGAGCCGGCAUCCGAUGGUGUUUAUGUCUAACUCCAACCGAUCCACGAAAUUGAGCAAUCGUUCACCAGUUGUC